AGUUUGGAAGGGUGGGCAUUUAAUGACCACUCUUUUGCAAAAAAUGUCAUCAGGCCGAGUUCCUAAUGGGGACUUCUACAACAAUCUGGUUGAUAUGACUUUAAAGUCAGAAGAAAUUGAAGCUGAGAAGCAAAGACAUGACCCUAGACAGCACCCACCCAAACAGCCAAAAAUGGAGAAUCAGUCUCCAGGUCGCUUGCUGCUGGAGUCGUACCUGAAUAAGACGAUGCGGAUCGUGAUGACAGACGGCCGGUCACUGAUGGGCAUCUUCUGGUGCACGGACCGAGACGCCAACGUCAUCCUCGGCAACUGCAUGGAGCAUAUGCCACCCAGAGAGGACGGCUCCCGGGACGAGCCGCGCCCCCUGGGACUAGCCAUGAUACCCGGUCGCCACAUCGUCACCAUGCACCUGGACCAGCUGCAACAUGUGCAGCCAGACCACGUCACGUGACGUGGACCGGCUGCAGCACGUGCAACCAGCUCAUGUCAUGGGACCUUGGGCAGCUGCAGCACGUGCAGCCGGAUCAUGUCACGUGACCUGGACCAGCUGCAGCACGUGAAGCUUAUCAUGCCGGACGUGACCUGAACCAGUUGCUGUGGCACGGGUGCCUGCCGCCUCAACUGUGCUGCAGGAUCUGCAGCGGCGGCACUUAAAGAGGGCGCCGUUUCGUCGCGACACCCGGACCAUGCGUGGCGUAGCGUUGAUCGCCGCGGCUCAGAUCGAACGUGACGUCGAUCGCUGCGGCUCAGAUCGGACGUGGCGUUGGUCGCCGCGGCUCAGAUGGAACGUGACGUCGAUCGCUGCGGCUCAGAUCGGACGUGGCGUUGGUCGCCGCGGCUCAGAUGGAACGUGACGUCGAUCGCUGCGGCUCAGAUCGGACAUGGCGUUGGUCGCCGCGGCUCAGGUCGCACAUCGCGUUGAUUAUCGCGGCUCAUGUCGAACUUGACAUCGAUCGCCGCGGCUCAGAUUGGAUGUAGCGUUGAUCGCUGCGGCUCAGAUUGGACGUAGCGUUGAUCGCCGCAGCUCAGAUUGGACGUAGCGUUGAUCGCCGUGGUUCAGAUCGUGCUGGCGAUGAUCGUCGCGGCUCAGUUCGGGCGUGUCGUACGCUGGGCAUAGGGUGUACCGCCAUUUACCACAGAUUAGCCCAACAUUCGGUCACCGCUUCCCUUCGAGUGUACAAAAUAAUUCACUUCGCGAGUACACUGAGCGAUGGGACACUGAAGUGGACCUUUUGUGGUUAUGAAAGUGCAAUCUGAACGGUACACGCGCCGACCUGGUCGUGAGUUGUGAGUCUGUUGAGAAGCAUAGGCUAGGCCUGCCCAAAGUCAGUGUUCCUGGCUGUUUUUCUUUUGCGAAGGCUUGUUCGUGCGUGCACACUAGAGCUGAACAUCCGGGUUCGUAAUGCCCUAAUAUCAGCUGAAAAUUCGGAUUUGGUGAAUAUUCGACGGUCGAAAUAGCUAUUUCGAUGAUAAAAAAGAUCGUAAUGCUUGCCGAAGAGCGAACAAAUCGUUGCAAAUGCUAUCAAUAUAACUUCUGAAUUUCA